GAAGUGGACGUUAAAUUUUUCUAUUUAUUUAUUCUUGUAUCCCUUCUGGUUGGCUCCAUAAUAGUUUGGUAUAGUAAACCAUCAUUAUCAAAAAAUCCCAUUCCCUUGUCUAACCUUUUGUAACCAGAUAUUUUUUAUUUCUGGGAGCCAGGAAAAAUUGAUGUAUUUGAUUGGAAUUUGUCAGUCAAUAAGCGAGGAUGUCUUUAAUAAAACAGCUUUGUCAUAAAAUCAAAAGAGCAGUUGUAAUUGAAGAAAAAGAUGCUUUAAUUAAACAGUAUCAUAAGCAACUAGAAAAAAUUCAAGAGCGGUUAAAUAUUACUAUGUUGACAUCAGAACAAAGGAUGGAAUUAGAAACAGAAGUGAAUGAUAUCAAGGAUGAAUUAAAUAAAUUAGAGAAAGAACUGAAAGGACUACGAAAAGAAAAUUUCAGGAGCCUUAUCCUUGCUGCAACUUUGCUUAUCUUGAUCUUUCUGGUAUAUUACUUUUUGUCUCCAGUAUGACAAGAGUUGAAUAUUAAUCUCCACCUGAUGACUGCUCAAAGGCCUAAAUUGUUAUUUCAAAUAUCAGUUGCAUUAUAUUCCUAAUAAAUAUUUAAUUUGUAUUUAGUUGUUUUAAGUUAAAAUAGCUGAUUUCCUAAUAUUCUUCUCAAAGUCCGAGGCUUUUUUCUUUCCCAAAUUGUUUGCAACUGUGUUUGUUAUUUUAGAGAUAGUAUAGUGUGCCCAGUAAAAUUGAGGUUUACCAUUUGCUGUUAUAGAUAUCUUGUAACCUGCUGCUGUUUCGAGUUAUCGUGUUCUAUAAAUGUGCAUAAUGCUGUAACAUUUCAGUCAUAAGGUACUAAUCACAUGUGUUGUAUAGUUUUUCGUAUUACUUCAUACAGCAUUUGUUAUUAUUGAGUUCAAAUUUUUGAACUUCAUGCAGAGUUUGAUAUUAAGGUAUAGUCUGUAUCUUCUGUAAACUGUUACUUUUAUAGGAAUCUAUUAACUCUGGUUUUUGUUGGAAAGAAAGUUUCUAACAGUGAUGUGUCAUUAAUUUUACUAAAUACAAAAGAAAUAACAGCUCUUAAAAAUCUUCUGAUUAAAUGGGAUUUAAAAAAGUAUUUUUCUAAUUCAUUAAUGAAUUGUUGUUAUGAGACAUUCCAUUCAAAGAAAGUAAGAUGUACUGAACUAAUCACGAUACUUAUUUUACAUCUUCUUUUAAUGAUUUAUUUGUAUGAAUGUGAUUCACUUCUUUUGUUCAAAUUUGUAUACUUCAGGUGCAUGUGAUUAGUUUGUAGAUGCAUUUGGCAUUUUAUACGCAUUGAAUAGUUUGUGACGAAAGUAACGCUAAGGUUCUCUGUCAUUUUUAAUACACUGAAAGUUUAUCUUUAUACUUUCCUAUCAUUCCAAAAAUAUGUGAUUAAAUUUAUGUGAUCUGUCCAUUUCUCUGAAUUCUUACAUGCUUAUCAGGAGCUGUAAAAUUUUGUUUACUUGUAUAUGAAUUCUGUACUUAAAAAUUUCAAUGAUAAAUUGUCAUUUAAAGCAAUCACAUUAUGGAAAAUAAUGCUGAGUAGAUAAUUUCAUGUACUGUUUUGCCUGAAAGCCAUAUGGAAAAUAAUGCUGAGUAGAUAAUUUCAUGUACUGUUUUGCCUGAAAGCCGUAUGGAAAAUAAUGCUGAGUAGAUAAUUUCAUGUACUGUUUUGCCUGAAAGCCGUAUGGAAAAUAAUGCUGAGUAGAUAAUUUCAUGUACUGUUUUGCCUGAAAGCCGUAUGGAAAAUAAUGCUGAGUAGAUAAUUUCAUGUAC